GAAUCGCUAGUAUUCGCGUCGAAGAUCAAAAAUAGGGUGACCACCAAACAGAUCGACAUUGGCGGACAAAAUACCGCUCAGUUGGGAGCGUUUGAGAGGGACACUACUAAACUGGCACUUUCUGGAGCGGGAAUUGAGUCCCAUUCUGAAUACGAGCCGCUGGACAUCGACGGCCACUUUGACCACGACAUGAAUGUGAGGCGUCUAUUGUCUGAACUACUACUGGAGGACUGCGCGGACACAACUGUCCAGCAAUGCAGUGGUGGCGAACAGAAGCGCCUGACUGUUGGCCUGGAGUUAGUCCAACAAAUCAAGCCCAAUCUCUUAUGCAUUGACGAACCGACCAGUGGUUUAGACAGCAAUUCAUCUGAAAUUCCAAACUCACUAAUACUGGCGAUGUUUGACCGGUUGUACGUCCUCUCAAAGGGCGGUCAUUGUGUGUUCGCCGGACCGCCCGCUCAGCUCAGGGCACAUCUCAACAGCUGCGGAAUCGACUGUCCCUCACAUUUUGCCCCAAUUGAACUCAUAUUAAAAAUUGCAUCAAACUUUCCAAAUAAAGCACUGCUGACAGUUGGUUACGGGCAUAUUGAGAGAUCUAUC